CUCUCUAACAAAUGAAAGCAGCAGCAUGCUAAUCAGGAUCCUCUGUGGGAGGGCAGUCAGCAAUAAAUGGACCGGGACUGACUCAUAGCGAGUAUAGUGUAUGUAGAGUCAGCACUGAACGGAGGAAAAUGAGCACCGAGCCAGUUGUAAUAGUGUCUGCUGCCAGGACUCCUGUAGGGUCAUUCAAUGGGGCAUUAAGCACUGUACCAAUUCAUGACUUGGGUGCAGUAGUCAUUAAGGAUGUACUGAAGAAAGCCAGUAUAAAGCCAGAGGAAGUAUCUGAAGUCAUCAUGGGCCAUGUGCUCACUGCAGGCCAUGGACAGAACCCCACAAGGCAGGCUAGUGUUGGAGCAGGCAUCCCAUAUCCUGUGCCUGCAUGGAGCUGUCAGAUGGUGUGUGGUUCUGGUCUGAAAGCCGUGUGUCUUGGAGCUCAGUCCAUCAUGACAGGAGAGUCCACUGUGGUAGUAGCAGGGGGCAUGGAGAGCAUGAGCCGGGCACCUCACACCGUGCAAAUGAGGUCAGGGAUAAAGAUGGGAGAUGCUUCACUGCAGGACUCUAUAGUGGCUGAUGGACUCACAGAUGCUUUUCACAACUGCCACAUGGGUAUCACAGCGGAGAACGUGGCUAAGCAGUGGGGUGUUACUCGAGAAGCUCAAGACCAGUAUGCUGUCACCUCACAGAGCAGAACUGAGGCAGCUCAAAAGGCCGGCUACUUUGAUCAGGAGAUUGUGCCAGUUAUCGUUCCUUCAAGAAAAGGUCCAGUAGAAGUGAAAGUUGAUGAAUUCCCUCGUCACGGGAGUAACAUAGAUGCCAUGUCUAAACUGAAGCCCUGUUUUGUGAAGGACGGGUCUGGUACAGUCACUGCUGGCAAUGCAUCAGGAAUAAAUGACGGUGCUGCAGCCACUGUUCUCAUGAGCCAAUCAGAGGCUCAGAGGCGGGGCCUUCGGCCAAUGUCACGGAUCAUCUCAUGGGCUCAGACUGGCCUUGACCCAUCCAUCAUGGGCACAGGGCCAAUUUCAGCCAUCAGAAAAGCAAUGGAGAAGGCAGGCUGGCAGCUGGCUGAAGUGGAUCUGUAUGAGAUCAACGAAGCCUUUGCUGCUCAGUGUGUGGCAGUGGUGCAGGAGCUUGGCCUGAACCCAGAAAAGGUGAAUGUUAGCGGAGGGGCUAUCUCUUUGGGACACCCCCUGGGUAUGUCUGGCUGCAGGGUGCUGGUGACCCUACUGCAUGCACUCCAGAGGACCGGGGGCAAAAAAGGGGUCGCUGCUUUGUGUAUCGGUGGUGGAAUGGGAAUUGCUAUGUGUGUAGAGAGAGUCUAAGAUGCUCCUUUCUCACACAAUCAGAUACUUCAAUCAAUACUUACAGAGCAGCUGCUGUUAUAGAAGCCUGAAUCACAUGUUUGAAUUCUACACUAAUUAAUUGUUUUCCAUUCAUGAGCUUUAUUUUUCUAAUUCAGUCAUUUUGAAGCAAUCUCCAGAAAAUCAAUAAACACUGUUAUUUCAUAAAAAUCCAGAUAUAUAAAAAGAUAUAUAAAAAUCCAUAAGGCAUGCUGUACAACUUCCAGGACAUAAGAAUAUUAGUGGAGCAUACUAACUCUAGUUACCUCUUUGUCUGAUGUUUAUUUAGAGCGCAAUGUUGGUGAUGAAGUUAAAACCUUAAAAUGCCUACAGUGAACCUAAAACUGACUGAGCAGUCUUAUACUGUGUGUAGUAUAUGAAACGUAUUAAUGUUGAAGCCUUCAGACAUUCCAUUUCACAUUAAUCUAACCAGGGAGGCUAUACUGUUGUCCUGUAGGAGCUACACAGUAUGGCUAACUUUUCUGUGAAACAACGCCACGGCCUCCUUUAGAGCUGCCACUAGCAGUCGUCCAAUACACGUUAGUGAAGUGUUAUGCAAGAAAUGUCCACUGUUCUGGUCCUCAGAGUGAGAGUACACGCAGUAGAACAGAACCAAGAAGAUACAAUAGAAUUGCCUUAGACUACUGUGUGCCAUAAGGCUGAACUAGCCUCUGUCCUGUGCUUCCUGUAGUCAGCUUUGUGAACAGUGUAAUGCUGAAUACUGUAAUAUGCUGGUGUUGUCUUGAAACCUCAAGGGAAAAUGUGUUUACAUAUCUAACCUCGACUGUAUUUCCUCAAUAAAUAGAGAAUGCAA